GCGUUUCCUUGGUAGAUGUUGGCUGGUGAGCUAUCGGAGCUCAACACGCCGCAGGUCGCCCUGGGAGUGUCCCUGAGGGCUGUGCUGAUUAAACCCAGUUUACGCCCAAAUCCGGCGACAUGACACCUGCUCCCCGACCCGCCGUGUGUUAAACCGGGAUUGUCGCGACGACCUGCCGCUGUGCCUGCUAGGUAGCUGGGUGAAGACAUGUGGCUGCCAAUGAUCGGGCUGACUGCCCUGCCACACCUUGGUGGGCUCUACGGGGGCUACGUCACACGCAAAGAAGUGAAGACCUGGUACCCCACUCUUCAGAAACCAUCAUGGCGUCCACCAAAUGCAGCAUUCCCUGUAGUGUGGACCUGCCUGUAUACAGGAAUGGGGUACGGUUCCUAUCUCGUGUGGAAAGAGCUUGGAGGUUUCACAGAGGAAGCGCUGCUGCCCAUGGGACUUUAUGGCCUGCAGCUAGCUCUGAAUUGGGCCUGGACUCCUAUCUUCUUCGGGGCACAUAAACUGAAAUUGGCACUGGUGGAGAUCGUGGUUCUCACUGGAACUGUUGGGGCCACCAUGUUGUCCUGGUACUCCAUCAGCUGCACUGCCACCCUGCUCAUGGCACCCUACCUGUCAUGGUUGUGUCUGGCCACAUCCCUGAACUACUGCAUAUGGAGAGACAACUCUGACACAAAAGAGGAGUAGCUGGCAAAAGUUGUGUCCUCUGAAGCCUAUCUAAUCAAGUUUGGGAAAUGUGGCAGUUAAUCUGUGAAAACACACUCGUCUGAGGAGACAAACCACAUAUCAUGGCAGAUUCAUUCAUGUCUUUCCUCCAACAAACUUUGAACUGAUUUAUAUUUUAUGAUGCAGUGUGAAUUUCAAUCGGGUCUGUUAA